AUGGCAUUCCCUUACGCUCUCCCCACAACCUCUACAAUCUCCUACCCAACCUACUUCGAAUCCCCCCUCUACCCAACCCUCCCACUAGCCGCCUCCUCCCACCGCGGUUCCCUCCGCAACGCCCUCAAGGCGCACAAACGCCUACCCACGGCUUCGCAAGCCUCCGGAAUCCCCUCAAUAAUCAAGCAGUUGGAGAGCUACCUCGCGCACUUGUUGACCCUCUACGACACCCUCACUGCCGGCGACGCUUUUUUCAAGGAGGGCGCUCCGAGGCUAACUACCAGCUGGCGCACGGUCCUGAGCACAAGGAGGGUAGCGGCGAAGGAACCACCGAGGGUAGUGAGACCGGGACUCAGCUAUGAGAUAUUCUGGAGCAUAAGUGCUCUAGGGUACGCCUACACUUUGCUCGCCCGGUCACAAUUGCAAGCGAUUCUAGCUCCCCCUUCGUCCAGCGCUACGAGCGGAGGUACCAUAGAUGCAACAGUAGCAGCAAACUCCUUGAACCAGGCAACGGCAAACCUCUUCACCUCCGCCUCCAUUUUCCAACACCUCCUUACCAGGCCCCUCCCCCCACACGCAAGUUCCUGGCCACCAGACCUAUCACCUCAGGUUCUUUCGGCACUCAGCAGCAUCUCAAUAUCCGCGGCGACCCUCAGUGCGGUAACGAAACAGGACCCAUACCCAACGUACCUGAGCAUCAUUGCGAUCGAGAAGAAGAAACAGCAGAAGAGCAAAGAAUGGCUGUACAACCCCCCCGCCCCCCCCGCCGGCGUGCGUGCCCUGCUGAUAGCGAGACUGUGCAUUGCUGCAUCAGAUCAUGCGGCUAAGGCAUUGGGACUACUAUCCACGGCGGAGAAAACGGAUGCGGGGGAGAUUGGAGAGGAGCUGCUGAGGUACGCGGACUCACUCCAGAGGGUUUCUAGGGCGAAGGCUUGUCGCUUCCUGGGCAUAGAUGCCGAGGCCGCCGGAAGGGUUGGGGAGGGUAUUUCUUGGAUUAGGGGUGCUAAGACCAUUCUCAACACUUCGAAUUCGACAAGUUCUGUUGGGUCGUUCGUGGGGGAUCGGUUGCGAAGAAAAGAUGAUGUCUGGGGAGCUGACGCUGGGAAGGUGGAUGAAGAGAAGACACUGGAUGCGCUAGAGGGACGGUGGAAGAAGUUGAAUGAUAGCGUGAUGUUCCAGAAAUGCCCGGAUUUGGAGGAGCUGAUGGGUAGAAUACCGACUGGGAGGGAGCUUCAUCAGGGCAUCAAGAGCUGGGAGCCGCCAAAGCUGGGGGUGGAUGAGUUGAGGGCUUUAAGGGCGGCUGGAGACUUGGGCGCGGAGGUAGUAGUUGAGGAGGAGGAUAGUGAGGAGGGGGUGGGGAUGGAUGAUGGGGGGGAUUAUGUAGGGGAAUAUUAUUAG